GUUGUCUCACGUGUUGCGUUGUUGCUGUUGGGGUGGGAGUGUGAGGCGAUGGAAAGGCAGGAAAAAUAGGGGCAAACUAUUAAAGAAAAGAAAAUAAAUAAAACGGGAACUAGUGGUGUGGAGUGGCUUUGAGACCCCGCCUCAUCAUCCCCUCACCUCUUUCUUGGUGCCGAACUCUGGUUGCGACAUGUCUUGAUGAGAUUAAUUAUUCUUGUCUCUUCCAUGUCAUGGUUUGAUUUGUGGGUCAUGUCCAUGUCACGCCCUCCUUUGUCUCGCGCUCCUCUGCUCAGGACAGCUUGUAGCUCUCAGAUGGGAAAAAUCCGAGCAGGAUCCACACGAGACUGACGUCGGGCUUCGGGAUUCAUGUGCUGGUUGCAGUCAUGGACAUGGUCGCCACGGUUGUGCUAUAUGCCCGUGUUGUGUGUUUAGUUGUUGAUUGAUCCUCGAUUCCCUUGGUUUAGGAACUGACACGGACUUGGAAUCAGUGGUAGCAGUAGGAGAGAUGAUGGAUCGGGACAUGGUUCCUUUCUCCAUUUGUUUCCAUUCGUGAAAGACUUGAAGUUGAAGCGAGAAAAUAACGGCACUUCUCUGCAUAAUCCCGGUUUGGUAUCCGUAGAUGAGUAGUUUCAAGAUGAGAGGGGGUUGUUUGAAUUGAACAGAACUGCAGAUGCGCUGAAGUUACUGACAUUGUCACUUUUGCUUAAGUUACUCCAGGACACAGUUGCGGUUGAUGAUCGUUAGCUCUUGUCGUCAGAACAGUUCGUUCUUGGUUGUAAUCUCAACGUCAGAAACAACCUGAGGAAUACAACAACAGCGUUCUUGGACUGAGGAAGGUACGUUGGUGAAUACUGGAUUCUAUAAAGUCGGACCCGUCGCAGCUUGCGCUGCGAAACAUUACUAUCACACGAGGACGGCGGCGCAAGCGCUCACACAACGUUCCGGCCAGUAUGCAACAUGGCAGCUCUGUAGCAGAAACGCUUGCGUGGUGGGCUAGCCGGAACAACGGCAUUGGAGGGAAGGCAGGAGCGAACCAAGCUGAUGACAGCAAUGGACCCAGGAAAAUAAUUCGCAAGGCCCCCGCCAGAGGCUCCAAGAAAGGAUGCAUGAAGGGAAAGGGUGGGCCUGAGAAUGCCAUGUGUAACUACAGAGGUGUAAGGCAACGCACUUGGGGGAAGUGGGUGGCCGAAAUCCGGGAGCCAAAUCGUGGUUCACGGCUUUGGCUGGGGACAUAUCCUACAGCGGAAAUUGCAGCUCUUGCCUAUGACUCCGCUGCUAGGGUUCUCUACGGCUCUAAUGCUCUUCUCAACCUUCCUGGUGAAACAGCCAGCCCUGUUGCAGGCACCGCGUCCACCUCGGCAACGUCAGCUUCCUCUGCUGAGAUUGCAAUUUCAGAUGACCGAAGUUCUGCUAAAAGUGAGAGAGUGACGGCCAAACGAACUCCUGCCAAGCACACUGGGAAACCAAACAACAGUGCAGCGUCUUUUACCGACCCAGACCCAUCCGCAACUUUGGACACUGCAACCUCGUUAUCGCAGCAUCAGGCUGCAGAGGUAGCGCUUUCUUACGACCUUCUCGAGCCUUUGCCACGACAUCCAAAGCCGGAACCUGUUCAGGAACUGCAACUCUCAGCAGAACCCAGUUUCCCACCUCUUCUGCAGGAGCCUCAGGAACCUAUGGACUGCAACGACCUAUUAGGGAAAGAGUUCGACCUCUUCGACUUCAAAAUGGACGAGGGUGACAUGCAACUCCCUCCAUCGCUGAAAACUAACAGCAAUUCCAGCACCAUGACCGACUCCAGCGCGUUUUCCAGGGAUCUGUGGACAGAGCUGGCAUGCCAUGGGGACAUCUCAGAGACAGUGCUGGAUUCGGAUCAUUCCAUUGCAAGCUCCACCACCUUGGGUGAAGACAAGCCCGAGGAUGUGCAUGUUCUGAGGAGCCUCACCGAAGACGAUAUGCAGAGGCUAACCAUGCCGGAGUCACCAGAAGUGACACUUUUUGAGAUUUCACCGUCGCUGAAUCGGAAAGAAGCAUGGACAUCAUUGUUGGAGUAAGAAAUUAUUCCCCUUGUAGAAAGAUGAAUCUACACACACUCUCACACACACCCCCACACAUGGAUCAAUGUGGUAGAAAAUCAGCAACCUGUGAAGCAAUGUGGACACAUGUGUUGUGUUUCCAUUCUCGGCCUGUGCUCUAGGGGAAUUAACCCGAAUAGAAAGUCUUUUUGCGGCAGACUGGUCAUUCCAGUCCAGAUGUUGUAGAUGGACUAAGGCCUUGAGAGAUGGGUACAUGCUUCUCCUCCCCCUUUUUGUUUUGUUUUGUUUUUUUCUUCGCCUCUCUUCCCUUGUAGGUACCUCUGUGAUCUGAUGCCACCAUCUCCAUGUGUAGUGCAUUAGUAUAGUGUAAAACAAA